UUGAGGAAGAGAGAAACAUCUAUCUGUUGUUCCACUUAUUAAUGCACUCAUUGCUUGAUUUUUGCAUAUGCCCUGAGCAGGAAUGAUACCCACAACUUUGGCGUAUUAGGACAAAGGUCUAAUCAACUAAACAUACAAGCCAGGGCUGCUAUCACUUUUUGUCAGUGAGAAAAAACUAAGGUCUCCUGGCAUCAGAGAACUGCUUGAGGCCAGCAAAAUGGUGGGUAACCAUUAAAGGGAUUUCUGGAAGUUGUACGCUUAUAGUCUGGGAACUCCGAGAGUCUGGUGAUUUAUUUUUUAUUUUUUAUUUUUAAUAGUUCUAACAGCUUGAACUUGGGUUUUCCUCUUCUUGGGGUUCUGGGAAAUGUAUUCCCCAACUCCGUCUGGAGACGAAGGACUUCUGGGAAGUGUAGUUCCGCAGCGCUGUGUAAGUUGAGGCAUUCCGCCCUGCCAAGAGGGGGUCACCACCAUGCUUUCCGUCCAGGAGGUGAGUCAGCCCUGCACCCCAAAGACCCCUCUAAGCCUUGUCGGCCUGAGCGUGGGGACUAGUUGCUGCCUAGUUCGCUGUCUUGUGAUGGAGGAGUCGCGGCAGUCGGCAGAGGCUGCGAGGAGGAGGGCGAAAGCCCUGCUUCCCCGCUUACCAAGCGUGUUGCUCCUUCUUCCGUCGGUAAAAUGAAGCUCUGAGUCACCCCGCGCUAGUGCCUAGGGGUGUCCUCUGCAGUUUGCUCGGGAGACGGAUGUAAUCACACUGUCCCACCGCAUCCUUUUCCUUAUCAUCCUGAAUUCUGCAAGGGAAGGAAGGAGUGACAUCGAAGACCCUCACAACAUAGCUCCAAUUAUGCCUUCUCAGGACUCUGACCUUCCCCAGAAGGAGCAGCAGGAGAAAAUGACCAAGUUUCAGGCAGCGGUGACAUUCAUGGACGUGGCUGUGGUCUUCACCGAGGAGGAGCUGGGGCUGCUGGACCUGUCCCAGAGGAAGCUGUACCGAGACGUGAUGCUGGAGAACUUCCGGAACCUGGUCUCACUGAGUAUGGCAACCCAGUUGGAGGCAGAAGAAAAACUCUGGAUGAUGGAAAGGGAAACCCAAAGAAAUGGGGCUUCUGGCAGCAAGAAUCAAAAUGAGGUGGAGCCUCUUCGAAAAGUUGCAUUAAAGUACCUUUCACAUGAAGAGCUAUCCUGCUGGCAAAUCUGGAAACAGGUCACAAGUGAUUUGACCAGGUGUCUUCACAGGGGGAGUUCCUGGUUGCUACAAGGUGAUUCUGAUUGGGUUCCUGGAAGUGAGAAUGAUAUAGUGAAGUGUAAAGGAGAUAGCUCCUGUUACAUUGAAAAUCAAGAGUUUUUCGAUUUCAAGCAUUCUUGUGGGAAUAUAUACCUGAGUGAGUCACAGAGUCAGAGCAGAGAUAAGCAAAUUCAUGGGGAAAAUAACCUGCAUGUCUGUGAAGCCUCCAUGAAGAAAUCACCACUUAGUGAUCAUAUUAAAAUUGACACAGAACAGAAACCCCACAAACCUAAUGACUGUGGGAAAAGUGCGAGUGACAAUUUCACUCAGCAUUUACCCUGCAGAGAGGAACUCCGUCCGUGUAGUGAGUGCAGAAAGGGCUUCCGUUACAGCUCAGUGCUUUCAAGUCACCAGAAUGUCCGCCCAGGAGGGAAGUGUUCCCGUCAGAACUCCUCUCUGCAGACUCAUCAGAGGAAUCACCCAGGAGAGGAAACUGCUAAAUGUCAUGACUCCCGACAUUGCUUCCAUGAGGGCUCUUUCCAUUCUCAUCCCAAUCAUGCAGGAGAGAAGGCCCACCGGUGCGACAGCUGUGGCAAGGGAUUCAGUAGCAGCACAGGUCUCGCCAUUCAUUACAGAACUCAUACUGGAGAGAAACCUUAUAAAUGUGAGGAGUGUGGUAAAUGCUUUAGUCAGAGUUCAAACUUUCAAUGCCAUCAGAGAGUGCACAGUGAAGAAAAGCCGUACAAAUGUGAAGAGUGUGGUAAGGGCUUCGGUUGGAGUGUUAAUCUUCGUGUUCAUCAGAGGGUCCACAGGGGUGAGAAACCCUAUACAUGUGAGGAGUGUGGGAAGGGCUUUACUCAGGCUGCCCAUUAUCACAUCCAUCAGAGGGUCCACACUGGGGAGAAACCUUACAAAUGUGAUGUCUGUGGUAAGGGCUUUAGUCACAACUCACCACUGAUAUGCCAUCGGAGGGUCCACACUGGAGAGAAACCGUACAAAUGUGAGACGUGUGGAAAAGGCUUCACUCGUAAUACAGAUCUUCAUAUACAUUUCCGAGUUCACACGGGAGAGAAACCCUACAAAUGUAAGGAGUGUGGGAAGGGCUUCAGUCAGGCUUCGAACCUUCAAGUUCAUCAGAAUGUCCACACUGGGGAGAAACGAUUCACAUGUGAAAUAUGUGGGAAGGGCUUCAGUCAGUCUUCAAAGCUUCAGACCCACCAGAGAGUCCACACUGGAGAGAAACCCUACAAAUGUGAUGUGUGUGGUAAGGACUUCAGUUACAGUUCCAAUCUUAAACUGCACCAAGUUAUUCACACUGGAGAAAAACCAUACAAAUGUGAGGAGUGUGGAAAGGGCUUCAGUUGGAGAUCAAAUCUUCACGCUCAUCAGAGAGUCCACUCAGGAGAGAAGCCCUAUAAAUGUGAGGAGUGUGAUAAGAGCUUCAGUCAGGCCAUAGACUUCCGGGUUCAUCAGAGAGUCCACACUGGAGAGAAACCGUACAGAUGUGGUGUGUGUGGUAAGGGCUUUAGUCAGUCCUCUGGUCUUCAGUCCCAUCAGAGAGUCCACACUGGGGAGAAGCCAUACAAAUGUGAUGUCUGUGGAAAGGGCUUUAGGUACAGUUCACAGUUUAUAUACCAUCAGAGAGGCCACACUGGAGAAAAACCUUACAAGUGUGAGGAAUGUGGGAAAGGCUUUGGUAGGAGCUUGAAUCUUCGCCAUCAUCAGAGGGUUCAUACAGGAGAGAAACCCCAUAAGUGUGAGGAGUGUGGUAAGGCCUUUAGUCUCCCCUCAAAUCUUAGAGUCCAUCUGAGUAUUCACAUUAGAGAGAAACUGUUUAAAUGUGAGGAGUGUGGGAAGGGCUUCAGUCAGAGCUCAGGUCUUCAGGCCCAUCAAAGAGUUCACACUGGGGAAAAACCGUACAACUGUAAUGAAUGUGGUAAGGACUUCAGUCACCGUUCUCGCCUUACAUGUCAUCAGAAAGUCCACACUGGUAAGAACUUUAAGAAUGAGAAAUGCAUUAAUGGCUUCAGCGAAGUCAUACAGCUUCUAGUUCUUGGAGUCCAUGCUGGUGAUAAAUACUGAAGUAUUGAGAGUGGAAAGGAGUUUCUUCAGAUAGAAUCUAACAUCCAUGAAAAUGAUGACCAGAACCAGAGUAACAGGAAUAGGAUUCAUGUUCAAGGGAGAAACAUGAUGUAACACUCUUGGUAAGAUCCAAUUGAUAUAAAUGACCUUUUAUAGUGAAAACAUCCAAAAAAAAGAAUGUGUAAAAAGGAUAUCUACCAUAUAAUACCUGGUUUGGGGGCAGUGGUGUUAGGGAAGGUUUUAGAUUAUUUUCCCAUUAACUUCUAUUUUAUAUGUAUUUACAGUGACCAUUAUUUUUACUAAAGCUGAAAAGCUAUGAAAAAUGAAUGAAAUAAAGUAACUAAAAAUUUCCUGUACCCAAGAACUCAUAA